UUUAUAUUCGACUUGGAUUUUGGUCAGUAGCUAUAUCAACAAAGCAACCUGGUGCAUCGCUGAAAAUGGCCGUCAUUCAUGUGAUUGCUGAGAUGUUAUUGGUGUUAAUCAUCACGUCGAUGGUUUUUUCGUCAUCUGCAUCUACAUCACUGUGGAGAGGGGACCAAUGUGUUUCCUUUCGAUACAUCGGAAGAGAACACUGCGAUGUAGCAGGUGUUCUCUUAGGAAACGCCACUAUUUCGGAAGAUGAAUCCCUCGUCACCUUUUCCGGUUUUGACCGUUGUAUUGCGUACCGGUUCAUUCCGUGCCGGGACGGCUGGAAGACAUGGUAUCCGGUCUACGACAACAGCAGCUCGAAACAAGUCAGCGAGUGCGAGAACACAACGGUCAUGGACACCAUUAAUCAUCACCUACACCAUCGCAGACAAAUGGAGAAAAUGGGAAAUGAUUUCAACCGCGAAAAGAAAUUCUGGCUGGAUUACAUGGUCUCCGUUUGGGACGAGAGGACCAUCGACGAAAACGCCGAAAAGGCCAAAGCCAUCCGGGAUCGAAUGCAGGACUACAUUCGCUAUUCGGUGGCCCGUUUGGGUCUCCGCGAAUUGGUCGACGUGCCAAAACUGAGGGCAGAUUUUGGCACCGUUUACAACGACAUUCUAACGAUCCCGUAUCCCAUCAACGUCCCGGCGUGUCCCUUACACGUGACAUCGACGUCCAGUGUGCCCAGUUUGUUCGUGGUUGUGACCGGCGUCGCGACCAACAACAACCAGAAGAAACGGGACGACAUUCGAGCCAUUUUCAAGAAGGAAAUCACAACCCUGAAGCCGAAUCUCUUCAGUUCCAUCAAUUUCGGAUUCUUCCUGGGCAAACCUGGAGAUUCUGGCAACCAAAGUCUCAUCCAACAGGAGAGCGACAAGAAUAAAGAUGUCGUCCAAAUGGACAUAAUCGAUUCUGGCCGAAAUGGGUCAUUGAAAUUGGCCGCCAUUUUCAACUGGGUCCGGCUCUACUGCGACAAAGUGGACGUCAUUUUCAUGAUCAACGAGAAUUACGAAAAAGUCACGUUGAAGAAACUCGGCUCGACUUUGACCGAAAAGGAUAUUUCCAACACUUUUGUCUACGGCGUCAGGGGACAAACUAACCCGUAUGAUCGAGGAGGAGAGGGAUGGGGAAGGAGGAGGAUUACAAAGGAAGAAUUUCCCUGGAAAACUUUCCCUUCGUAUUUCAACGGAUUGGCUUAUUUCAUCACCGGCAAUAUGAUCGUUCCGUUAAUGGCUGCCUUCCAGACCGUUCCGAUGAUUCCGUUGGAGGACGUUUAUUUAGGCAUUUGCAUCAUUAAAGCCGACAUGAAGAGAUACACUUACUGCGGAAGUGACAUCAACUCCAAUUAUUGUUUUUAAAAAAUAAAUUACGACACUGCUGGCAUUUCCCAUUGAUUUUGAAUGACUAUCUAAAAUUUUUUUAGUUUCUAGUAGCUAGAUUUAGGAAAUAUUACAUCCAACAUUAAGCUGUAAUUUGAUAGUUUGAAUUCUAACUCGAUGUUACGACAUUAAUUGGACGUGACGUGACCAUUCCAUAUUUCCAUAAUACAUUGCUGGGAAAUGCCGUCAGCGAUCGAUCAUGUUUCCAUCAAACAAGAGCUAGCCUACUGGUUGUUUGUCACUUUCUCAAUUCGAAACGAAAAUGAUUCGACACGUCAUCAGUUUCUUUUUUAAAUAAUAAUAGCCUUUUAUAAGUUGAUUGAUUGAAUUUGAUUCAAAACAGUAGGGGAAAAAAAUACUACCGGAAAAUGCCAUUUAAUUAAAACCAACGUGAAACAGAGAGAUCGCGUGGAACGGCCACAGCAAACGUUUUAAACAAACACGAGCGAGGAGUUAACUUUCUUUAUUAUGAUCCCCUGUGCGUGUGCCAAGCUCAAAUUUCUAGACAUCAUUGGCCCAGCUCAAACUCUCACGUGUCAUUUUCUUUUUGUCUUGGUAAUUUGUAAUUUUUCACUCCCGCGUUCGACGGGAUAAAAAGACGACAAUACACACACUUCAGCACCUUCGCUUCUAUAUAUAUUGUCACGCCAUUUCCGUCCGUGAAGAAAACCCCGCCCUUGGCAAUCGUUAAUGACGCGCUAAUUUGGAUCCGAUUCCGUUUGGUUUUUUUGGCGGCAGCGGAAAAUGGCAAAUAACUGACAGGAAUUUUUCACAAUCCACAAAUGAAAUUUAUCAAAAGUUGUAUGGUCAUUGUCGGGUUUCCUCGGCGUGACAUUUUCUUGACUGGACCCUUUUACAUCGAAAAAGAAAAAAAAACAAAUGUUGUUGUUGACAACUUAGCAACCGGAAAAGCUUUACUUGCAAAUUACUCGCAAGCUUAUUGCAAAGCUCUUUUUCUCUUUUAUCUGCAUAGUGUCAUCUCUGAAUCCCAGAUGGUGUUGUAAAUUAACUUGCAAGAACAACACUAGAUGGAGCUGUUUUAGACAAUUGCGUCGUCUGCUUUAUUUAUCUGCUUCUUCUCGUAAUCUCGUGAAAUCGUGACUUUUUUACUGAAAGUCACAGUUAAUUAUAGAUUCCAAUAAGUAUUUCCAAGUUUAAAAAAGGAAGUAAAGAUAAAGGACCAUGUUGAAACCACAAAAAAAAGCCCACCGGGAACACCGUGCUGGGCGUAAAGCGGACAAGAAAAAGUCAAAGAUCCGCACGUUUAAGAAAUGGAUGCCCGUCAGAGUAACCCCCAAAGCUUUCGCUAUCCGGUCAGGCCUAAGAUUUGGAAACAAAAAAGCAGCAUAUUCUAUUAGCGGUCCCAAGGGCCAAGACUGGACUCUCCUAGAACCUCCAUCGAUCAUGGUAGCCAAGCCAGCAAUAAUAACAAACUUUAAACGGCAGGGGCACGUCAUCAUCGUCAAGGGUAAAAAAUGAAAGGUACUUACUAUUACUGGACUCUAGGAGGUAAUAUAUAAGAAUGAAGAGGGGUGUAGUCUGUUCUCAGGCGUGCUGUUUGUGUCUGAAACAACCAUUUGAUUUGAUGUGCUGGGUUAUUCCCAUAACAGAAAUCGACAGCUGCUGGGAAAAUUCAGCACAUGCACCAUUGAAACAAAGAAAUGUGCUGUGAUGGGUUAUUCCCAGCAUAGUCAUUUGUUAUUGCUGCUAUUUGAGAUUUGAGAAAUAGUAUUAUACAACCAAAGCAUCGUAUAAAUAGAUAUAGCUUGAGGGGCUAAAGGUUUCCAGACAGAGAAUCUAUAGCCUAUUAUUUUAUCACUAGGCUAUGUUGCAAACUUUUUUGGGAAAUUCCAAUGGCAAUUUAAGGACUUUCUUUUGCAAAAGGUUGCUAUUGUACAAAUAGAAAAGGAUGUUCAAGUUGAAAUUUUAUUGGUCCAUUAUAUGGCGGAUGGAGAGGCGGAUGGUGCGUGUCUGUGUCUGGUUUUUCGUUAUUAAUGAUGCGCAAUUCACUUUUUGGUUUCUUUUUCCACGAUUAUAUCUAAUAACUCUAUUUUUGAACCAGAUAGGCUACCAGCAAAGGCGGAAAUAUUUUCGCCGCCAUUUUCCGCAAAAGCUUUGCGACAUUCGGACUUUUCAUAUUGCUAUUGCACAAGACAAAUUUUAUAUUGCCUCGAAAGAUAUUGUUGUUGUAUAAAACAUAUAAGAGAAAUAAACUAUGUUCAAUGCCA